AUGUUUGCUGGAAAUAGAGGAACACUAAGAGAUAUUAUGCGAAAUGUUGAUGAUGCCAAUAAAGACAAACCAUUUGGUGGCAAAGCAGUUGUCUUGGGAGGUGACUUUAGACAAAUUCUACCAGUUAUCAAAAAAGGAUCUAGGUUCGAUAUCAUAAAAUCAUCAAUCAACUAUUCAGAGUUAUGGAAUUGUUGUAAAGUGCUAAAGUUAUCCAAGAACAUGAGAUUAAGUACUACAUUAAAUACUGAAACAGCCAAUGAUAUUCAAGAAUUUGCUGAUUGGAUAUUGAAUAUUGGAGACGGGAAAAUGGAUCUAAAUGAGAAUGGUGAGUGCAUGGUUGAAAUUCCAGAACAGAUCUUGAUUACAAACACAGAUUUACCUUUAUUGGCAUUGGUUGAAUUUGUUUAUCCUCAAUUUGUGGUUAACAUGUUGAAUCCUAAUUAUUUUGAUGAUGGAGCAAUUUUGUGCCCAACAAAUGAUUCUGUAGAGCAAGUAAAUGAUUUCAUGUUGUCUUUAAUUAGUGGUGAAGAGGUGACUUGUUUAAGUUCAAAUACACCUUGCCAAUCUGAUGAACAAGAUGAAGUGCAAUCUGAAUGGUUUACAUCUGAAUUUUUAAAUGAUAUCAAAUGUUCAGGGAUACCAAAUCAAAAACUGAAGUUGAAAACAGAUGUUCCAAUUAUUCUCUUGAGAAACAUUGAUCAAGCGAAAGGUCUAUGUAAUGGCACAAGAUUGCAAGUCAACCAUUUAGGCAAGAAUGUAAUAUGUGCAACUGUAAUUACUGGAAAAAACAUUGGUGACAGGAUUUUUAUACCAAGAACGGAUUUAGUGCCAUCUGAUUCAG